GGUAGGUUGAGCUCGUAUGCAUCCUUACAUUUUAAAAAAGUCUGUUUUUAGGUGCGGCGACUAUGAUCAAAGUGAAGAAGGUGGGUGGGGACGGCCUUUGGAAGGUGUGCAGAGUGAGAGUUAAGAUGGCAACCGGUAAACCUACUGGACGAGGCGUAGCAUGGAAGGAGAGAGAGACGUUAGACCUCCUUUCUAUCUGGGGGGAAGAGACAAUCCAGGAGGCUUUGGCUAACACCCAUAGAAAUCUAGAGGUUUAUGACCGUGUGGCGAAACAGAUGUCUGCGCUUGGACACAAGAGGAGUGCAGUGGAGUGCCGCACUAAAACAAAGGCCAUGAGACACGAAUACAAACGCGUGGUGACCCAUAACCGCAUUUCGGGGAACUCGCCAGCAAGCUGCCCUUUUUUCAGGGAGCUGGAUCAGAUCCUCAGGGGAGAUGCGUGGGUCGGGCCACCCCGAGUAUCUAGGAGUCUAACCCUGGAAGUGCAAGUUAAUCCACCAAGACCCCAAGAAUGCUGUAGAGGUGCAGAAGAGUUAUUCUCACAUGAUCUGGUAAUUAUAAAACAGGAGGACGUAUGCCAUUCCACACCCUUGGACUCAGGUGAAUCCUCAAGUGCUUGGUCCCAAGACCCUCACGAGACCGUCAUUAAUCAAGUAGCCGAGGAAGGGGUCCCAGCAGAUAUUGGUGAAACAGGUAACCAAGGAUACCAGGAUGGGGGCAACAUCACAGCCGUGCAACAAGAUCAAAUUGAGCAAAACGAGAUCCCCCACGAGGCAGAGCCGUCUUCCGAGCAGAGAUUGUCAGCCACAAGAAAUCGCAAAAAGGGCGUUUCCGUGCUCUCCGAUUUGGCCCAGCAAAUGUUGCGCCAGUCGGCUCUUGAUGCUGCGAGAUCGGAACAGCUGCAAAGAGAGAUCCUUUCAGAGGAGAGGCGUCGCCACCGGGAGACCAUGGCGGAGGAAAGAAACCGUCACGAGCAGACCAUUUUUGAGGAGAAUCGUCGAUAUGAAGCCCUGCUUGAGGAAGGCAGACUGGAGAGAGAGGCAUUUCAGCAUGCUAUGGACAGAAGCUACAACCUGAUGUUUGAAGCUGUAAAUGCUAUAAAAACCAUGACUGAGUUGAUGGUGUUGAAGCAUUCGGGGGAGACACCACAAGUGGGUAAUAUUAAUGUGCCCCAAGUGGGUAAUGUUAAUAUAGCUCAAGAAAGUACCAGUAGUAACCCUGACCCAUCAAAAUCCUCCACCUCCAAUUGUCCUGAAAAUAUCCUCCAUACUCCCACCAGGCAUAAGCGGGCUAGACGGAAAGUUGAUCGGCUGGACAUGUGAGAUGUCAGGAGUCACUCUCCCCCCCGCCCUGCCCAAAGUUACCUGGCUCCAUGCAGUGCAUUAUACCAGUGGUGUUAGAAUAUUCCUCAUUCUUUGUUUAUAAUUACUCCUUUAUGAUUUAAAAAAUGGGUGGUGUUUGUUAAUACCUCUUGUUUGGUCUGUAAGUGGAAAUAGGGUUUUUUUGCAUAAAAAAAGUAGAAUGGGUUUAAAAAACAACUGUAUUUAAAUUUAACAAACAAAAGCCCCUGCAUAUUUAAUUUUUUGAACAAUAAUAAACUAUUUACAGAGAAAAUUGGAACAAGAUUAAAGAAAUGAAAACAGCAACUAA